AUGAAGGGUACAGUGCGCUUAGAGGAGGAAGAGGUCCUCUUCACCAUCGAAGACACCUCGGAGACGACGACGCCAACGAGCGAUCACUCUCCUCAACCUCCUUUGUCCUCUUUGAGUCCGGCCAAGCCAGCUCAUCAGCGCAACCCGGACACUCAUGUACGUUUCGCCACGCCUCCAGCAUACAGAGACUCAGUAGACGACGAAGCCGGUAGAUCGGAGCAACCUGUCUAUCCUCCUCCGCCUGUCAGCUUGACAACGGCUACUCUGGCUUCUACUCUCGCUUCGAGAGAAGCGCAAUUUGAGCUGGACUCUGAUCAGCUAUCCGAAGCUGAUGAGCUCCAUGACACUGUCAAUGGGCUGCCCAACGGGCAUACAAUGAGCCCGAGUAGCGCCACAUCACGAGACAGGGUGCCGCUGCUGCACGAGGCUCGCGGCAGGCUCAGCUUGGAUGGGGCAGCUUUGAUCUACUCUGAAGAAGAAGGGCAGAUUCCCGGUCGACAUCUAUCGGGCGAAGAGGACUUGUCGAGAUGGCUCGACCAAGGCGGUGGACUGAUUUCGGGCAUGAUCAAUAUGAUCAACGCGACCAUUGGGGCUGGCGCCGUCGGCUUGCCUUACGCCCUCCGAGAAGCAGGACUGUUCACGGGUGUCAUCCUCUUGCUUGCUCUCGGAGCGGUCACAGACUGGACAAUCCGUUUGAUUAUAUUGAACGCCAAAUUGAGCGGCCAAUCGAGCUACGUAGGUAUACUGGACACAUGUUUUGGCUUUCGCGGCAGAGUCGCCGUAUCCUUCUUCCAGUUCACCUUUGCUUUCGGCGGUAUGUGUGCCUUUGGCGUCAUCUUGGGCGACACAAUACCGCAUGUCCUCGUCUCGCUCUUUCCUGCGCUCGCUCGGACGAGGCUGUUCGGCUUCCUGUUCUCCCGUCAAUUUGUCAUUGCCUUCUUUACCUCUGCGAUUUCAUAUCCCCUCAGUCUAUAUCGCGAUAUCCACAAGCUUGCGCGUGCUUCUGCACUAGCCCUGGUCAGCAUGCUCAUCAUCUUGCUCACUGUUAGCUGGAGAGGAUCGAUCAUCGAUCCUGCUCUGCGCGGCAACCCCGAACAGCGCUUCACUGUGCUCGAGAGCGGCGUCUUCGAGUCUAUCGGCGUCAUCAGCUUCGCAUUUGUCUGCCAUCAUAAUUCGCUACUCAUCUAUGGUUCUCUCAAGACACCUACGCUCGAUCGCUUCGCACGUGUGACCCACGUCUCGACCGCCAUAUCAGUUGCUGCCUGCUUGAUCAUGGCCCUCUCCGGCUUUCUCGUCUUCACAGACAAAACGCAGGGCAACAUCCUCAAUAACUUUCCGCCUGAUGACUUCUGGAUCAAUAUUGCUAGAGCUUGCUUCGGUUUCAACAUGUUCACGACGCUUCCGCUCGAAGCGUUCGUCUGUAGAGAGGUCAUCGAGUCAUUCUUCUUCGCAGGUCGAGCGUUCGACCAGAAGCGUCACAUAAUUAUCACGACCGUCACAGUAGCCGCUAGCUUGCUGGUUGCAUUGACGACCUGCAAUCUUGGCGUCGUGCUCGAGCUCACAGGCGGCUUUGCAGCCACGUCCCUUGCGUACAUUUUUCCCGCUGUAUGCUACUUACGACUCAGCGGCAACCCAACCCAUCCGUCAAAAUGGCCCGCUUGGGCCUGUGCUGGCUUUGGCGUGAUCGUCAUGAUCCUCAGCACGGUUCUCUCUCUUCGCAAAGCAGCCGAACGACACGACACACAGCAAUGUUAG